GCCUUUAGUUGCACGAGGAGGCCUUUACUUGCGUCUCUGCGCCUUUCAGAUCUAGAAGGCCUCGUCGAGAGCUUCCGUCGCGGCGUGUCAUCGGAGUGAAGAAGUUUAGCCGAGAGAUGUUGCAGAACCUGAGCCGAUACGCCGUCGAGAACGUCCGCGAGAAAUGGCGGGACGGCGACUGGAAGGAACGGCUGGAACUGGCGGAGCGGAACCUGCACGGCUUCAAGGAUUCGGCGAGCAAAAGAUUCGCUGCCGGGGACGAGGACGACUUUUCCGACAUUUUCAGGAGGAAGACCCGCUGGGAGCUGAUCCGCAUCUCGGCGGCCGUGAUGGGAAUCGAAUUCUGCUACGCGGCCGAGACGGCGUUCGUGUCGCCCACGCUCCUCGAGAUCGGGCUGGGCCACGCCGCGGUCACCCUCGUCUGGUGCCUGAGUCCUCUGCUCGGAUUCUUCCUCACGCCGCUGCUGGGUUCCAUGUCCGACAGGUGCUCGUGGGGGAUGGGGAGGAGGAGGCCCUUCGUGCUCAUCCUGUCUGCAGGGAUCGUUCUCGGGCUGAUCCUGGUGCCGAACGGGAAGGACCUGGGCAUCCUUCUCGGAGACCUCUACCCGAGUCGGGCCGGGGCGAACGGCACGGAUUCCUCGCUCGUCGGGAACGCGACGGGAGAAGACUCGACGGGGGAAGACUUGCCGGCGGAUGACUCCGCCGGGGCGAGUCGUCAUCCGUGGGGAAUUUUCUUCACGGCUCUCGGCACGGUCCUCCUGGACUUCGACGCGGACGCGUGUCAGAGCCCGUCCAGGACCUACCUCCUCGACGUCACCCAACCAGGCAAGUCCUCCAAAUCCUCCAAGCCCUUUAAGUCCCUCAAGCCCUCCCUCUGA